AUGGUAUUAGUGCACGUGGAAGAGGAGGAGGAGGAGGAGGAGGAGGAGGAGGAGGUGGAGGAGGAAAGGGAGGAGGAAAAACAGCAGGAGGAGCAAGAGGAGGAAGGGGUGGAGGGGAGCGAGGCUGUGACGGCGCACGAGGCUCACCUGCGCCUCAUGCUCUGCCUUCAGUUCGCUUGUGAUGAUUCUAAGGAUUCUGGUGGUUGUGGUGGUGGUGGCAGUGGUGGUGAGGGGGCUGAGGCAGCCUGUGGUGAGGAGAGGGUUCUGGAUGAUCCUGCCCGCCUAAUGCAGCAGUGGAUCAAUCCCCCCAUUCAAGCGUGGGUGAGUGAGCGUGGAAGAGCAGAAUAG